AUGCAAAAUCAAUACAAAUAAAUGAAAUUUGAAUUGCACGUUAGAUAAUGUGCUGAUAUGUACAUAGGUUCUAUAUAACCUGAAGAAAUUAUGACUCCAAUUUACUCUAAAAAUUAAGAGAAUUAAAUAACAUUAGAGUAUAAAAAAGUUAAAAUAAUUCCAGGAUUACUAACUGUAAUAGGAGAAAUUUUAACCAAUGCAAGAGAUGUUAUGUUUCAAUAGAGAAAAUAAAAAAAAGGAAUAUAAAUAUAUUUAGAUUUUGAUGAAAUUGAAGGUGAAAUUGUUUUGAAAACUGUUGGAAAAGGUAUUCCUAUUGAAAAAUAAGAUAAUAUAUUUAUUCCAGAAUUAAUAUUUUCACAUGAAAGAACUUCAUCAAAUUAUUAAAAUACAAAUUUAAAUGAUCCAAAAUUAACUGGAGGAAAGAAUGGUUAUGGUGCAAAAUUAACAAAUGUAUUAUCUGAAUAUUUUGAAGUAGAAACUAAAUAUGAUAAUUUAAUUUUCAAAUAAUUACACUAUGAAGGAAAUACCAAACAUAGUGAACCUUAAAUAACUCAUUUAAAAAUAAACAAUAAAUAAUAAGAGGAUGAUUAUGUGUAAAUAAGAUUUAAAAUAGAUUAUAAUUUUUUCAAGUUUGAAAAAGAUUAAUUACCAUUAUUAAAAUAAAUUUUAUAUGCAUAAAUGAUUGGAAUUUAUUCAUCUACUAUAAUUUAUUGUAAACAAGAUAAUAAUACAAGAUUAUUUUUAGACAGAUAAAUUAUAAAUGUAAAUAAUUUAUUAGAUUACUUAUAUAUGUUUAUUAACGAAGAACAUAAAUAAUAGAAUUUAAAUAUUAUUAAUUUUGUUGAUUAAUAUUAUUAACUCAUAAUUCUAGAAGAUAAAAAUAAUAUUAUAAUUCCAGGUUAGUAAUUAUAAAAGGAUAUAAUUUCAUUUGUUAAUGGAUUACCAUAAAAUGGAGGUACUCAUGUGAAUUUUAUUAAUUAGAUUAUAAAAUAAGAUUAAUUGAUUAAGAAUUUAAAUGUUUAAGAUUAAGAUGAAUUAGAAGUUAUGAAAUAAUUGGGAAAAUAAUAUAGGUAAAAUGUGUUUAUUAUUUUUUCUUUACUUGUUCACUAACCUAGUUAUACUUCUUAGAGUAAAGAUUAAUUGAAGACUAAUAAAAAAGAUUGGUUUGAUACUAUAGAAUUAGAAAAAUAUAUUUAAUAAUAAAUUCAAUAAUCUUCAUUGUUAUAAGAAUUAAAAAUUGAGAUUUAAUAAUAAACUAAAAAAUAAUAAGUUUUAAAAUAGAAAGAUUAAAUAAAAAAAAUGAAUAUAAAUUCAGUCAAAAAAUUAUAAGAUGCUAUUAAAAUAAGAGAUAGAAGAACAGAGUGUAGUUUAUUGUGUGCUGAAGGUGAUUCUGCUAUGAGUUUUAUAAGAUCUGGGUUAACAGAAUAACAAAAAUAAAUUUAUGGUAGAUUUCCGCUUAAAGGUAAAUUGAUGAAUGUUAAUAGUAAAACUGAUAGAUAAAUUGGUGAGAAUGAAAUUUUAUCAUAAUUAUAGAGGUCAUUAAAUAGAUAUUUUACUGAAAGUUUAGAUUCUGAAAAUGAUUUUAACAAUUAAUUGUAUAAAAAUUGGAGAGAGAAUAAAAUUUAAGAAAUGAAAGUGGAAUUUAUGAAAAAUUUAAUGUAAAGUGAAACUUUACCUUAGAGUGAAACUUUACCUUAGAGUGAAACUUUACCUUAGAGUGAAACUUUACCUUAGAGUGAAACUUUACCUUAGAGUGAAACUUAGGAUGAAACUUAGGAUGAAACUGAAAAAAAAUAAUCUAAAUCUAAAACUAAAACUAAAAAAAAUAACAACGAAAUCAAAAUUAAAAAAUAAUAAAAAUAAUUACUAAAAUAAUUUAAAAUAGAUGAAUCUAAAUUAAACAGAAGAAUAUUCAUUGAAGAAAAUGCAAAAAUAUUUAUGGAUCAGAUUAACAAAAGUUAUUUACAACAAUUAAAAGAAUUUGAUAUAAUGAGAUAUAAAAAUAUUAUAUUGCUAAUUGCGGAUUUUUUUUUAUGUAAUAGAGAGAUAAAUAGUGAUAGUAACGAUUAAAUUGGUGAUGAAGGUGUAUCAGGCUUAGGUUUUGCAAUUGGUGAUGAAGGUGCAUCAGGCUUAGGUUCUGCUUUAGCAAAUUGCAUUAAUCUCUCAAAUUUGACACUUUACCUUGAUAGCAAUUAAAUUGGUGAUGAAGGUGUAUCAGGCUUAGGUUUUGCUUUAGCAAAUUGUAUUAAUCUCUCAAAUUUGAAACUUAACCUUGAACAUAUUUAUUUUGUAAAUUGCCUCUAAUUAAUAAUUUAAAAAUUUAUUGGUAUAAUGUAGAUUGGUGCAUCAGGCUUAGGUUCUGCUUUAGCAAAUUGCAUUAAUCUCUCAAAUUUGACACUUUACCUUGAUCAUAAUUAAAUUGGUGCAAUUGGUGCAUCAGGCUUAGGUUCUGCUUUAACAAAUUGCAUUAAUCUCUCAAAUUUGGAACUUUUACUUUUUAACAAUUAAAUUGGUGCAAUUGGUGCAUCAGGCUUAGGUUCUGCUUUAACAAAUUGCAUUAAUCUCUCAAAUUUGAAACUUGACCUUAGUAGAAAUUAAAUUGGUGCAAUUGGUGCAUCAGGCUUAGGUUCUGCUUUAGCAAAUUGCAUAAAUCUCUCAAAUUUGAAACUUAUCCUUGAGUAAAAACAGUUUAUUUGUUUUGGAUUGUGA